GAAACCAAAUGUCACUAGCGGUGGCACCGCUUCUGCCCUUCAAUGCUGGAGUUAUUCCUCACAUGCUAAGUAUCGGCGUAUCAGAGGCUGCACACAUUUUUAAUGCAGCUCUAGGGCUUGUCUCGUCUGUUGUCUCUGCGCGGUGUUUUUAAACGCAGUCGGAAUAAUUGCGAUAAUGGAGUGUCGUGUGUUGUCCAUUCAGAGUCAUGUUGUCAGGGGAUACGUUGGGAACAAGUCGGCAACAUUCCCGUUGCAGGUGCUGGGCUUUGAAGUGGACUCUAUCAACUCUGUGCAGUUCUCCAAUCACACAGGCUACGCCCACUGGAAAGGCCAAGUACUGACAGCAGAGGAGCUAAAUGUGCUUUAUGAGGGCAUUAAGCUCAAUAAGGUGAACCACUAUGACUACAUCCUCACAGGAUACAGCAGAGACGCCUCCUUCCUGGAGAUGGUGGUUGACAUUAUUCAGGAGCUGAAGAAGACCAAUCCCAGCCUGGUAUAUGUUUGUGAUCCAGUGAUGGGAGACCACGGUGCUAUGUAUGUUCCAGAGUACCUGCUGCCAGUUUACAGGGACAAAGUAGUGCCUAUAGCAGACAUCCUCACCCCCAACCAGUUUGAAGCAGAGAUAUUAACUGGGAGGAAAAUCACCACAGAGCAGGAUGCUGUUGAGGUGAUGGACUUGCUUCAUAAAAUGGGUCCAGAGACUGUGGUCCUUACUAGUACAGACCUGCCCUCGAAACGUGGGGACCAGUUCCUGGUGGCCCUCGGAAGCCAAAAAAUAGUGAAACCAGAUGGGAGCAACACCAGUCAGAAAAUCUGCAUGGACAUCCCCAAAGUGGACGCUGUGUUUGUGGGGACAGGAGACCUGUUUGCUGCCAUGUUGCUAGCCUGGACUCACCAUCACCCCAAAGACCUGAAGACUGCCUGUGAAAAGACUGUUUCAGUCAUGCACCAUGUCAUUAAGAGGACCAUCACUUAUGCCAAUGAGAUGGCCGGCCCAGGGAAAAGGCCCAGUCCUGCACAACUGGAGCUGAGGAUGGUUCAGAGCAAAGCCGACAUCGAGAAACCUGCCAUUGUAGUGGAAGCGAAGGUUCUACAAAAGCCUUCCCACUGAAGAUUGUAACGUUAUUGUGAACAUUCACAAUGCGCUGGUACAAAUCGGCUUCAAAUCUGGGCGGUCCGCCAGACACAUGUAGGAUUUUUGCAUCAAAGACUGUCACGUGUCUCUGCCUUACAGAAUCUCUGAAGGAGUGCUACUAUGUUUUCAUAGGUUCAGCAGGAUUUGUUGUUCGUACAUUCUGCUCAGAAACACUGGAAUCACUGCCAUAUGCGUCUGUACUAUGGCCUGUGUAGACAUCAUCUGACAUUCAAAAGAAAAAAAGGACAUUAGCCAACGAUGUUUAGGGUUAAAGGUAGUGUAAGUGUACUUGAAUCCUUUUUAACACGGUUGAAAUGAUUUCUCAUCUUAAAUUAAGCUGAUAAAUGCAUGCAUGACCAUGCCUCUACUUGUUUUGGCUAUGAUCCUAUUUGAGGACUAGUCACAUUUACUUAAAGUGUGUUGCUCUCAAGGCAUUAUAAGCACAUCAAUAUACAAUUUAUUAUAUGAGUAAUGAAAAGAUAAUGAUUUAGGCCUAACACAAAAUUCAGAAACAAAGGGGUUAACAGCUUCUAGUGCAAAAAGAUACUUUUUUUUUAACAAUGAUGUCAGAUUCACAGAGCAUUUUAUUGCAUUGUGAGUUUUCUGAAAUGAUCAUAAUAAAAAUGUAUGAAUGCAUGCAGUGUGCUUAUAAUGUACUUGGGUGUUUUAUCAUGCACUUUAAGAUUAGUGUCAUCACCAAUAGAUCCAGAUUGGAUGCAUUAUAAGCGCUGGCAUGAAGUGUAUCGUGACUCCCACAAACUGUCAAACAUCUUAUGCAAUUAAUAUGUAGUCGAUACGGUUUCAUUACCCCAGUGUGUUUCAUUUUUAAUUGUAACUUAAUGAUAAUCAUGAGAAUAGCUGAUGUCUUAAAAUUGUUAUUUUAAUCAAUUUUCUGGGAAGGAAAAAAAAAGUUUUUCACCUCUUUUUUUAAUUCUGCAUUGAUGUCUUGAACUAGCAGAUGUAAUAACAUGUUAGAUCCAUGUCUUAAGCAUCUCAAAUUGAGGUAUUUGCACAGAUAAUCUUUAAUAUAUUUACUAAUGAUCAUUGUUUUUCAUUUUUUUCGACUGUUGUCAUAUCUCAACAAAAGAGUCAGUAUGAGAGACCAUGGUGUAAAUUAGCCUUAACAGGGUUAAGAAGAAAACAUUGGUUGUGAAUGUUUUUUUGUGUACCAAUGUAAUAGUUGAUCCUCACAUGUUAUGUAAUGUUAGAAAGUCAAGUGCCAAACCUUGAGCUGCUGCUCUGACGUAGAGCAAUAUAAGAAUAGAAGUAAUAAAUGAAUAAUAUUUUACUGAAACUGUCUUUUAUUGCUAGGUGUCAAGAUGAGUCACCCAAGCAUGUCGUAUUUAUUUUUAGGGACAGGUCUACUAACUCUGGGUCAAGAGCAUAGUCAAGGUUGAACAGCAGGAAUAAUGCAAGGGAAUAAAAAUGAUUUUCUGGCAUCAGAAAUAAACUAAACACACUAUUUUGUAAAGAUUUAAAUUACUGAGAUGUAGAGUGACAUAUAAUUCCCUUGGGUACUUAACAUUUUACACGUUAAACUUAAAUUACUUUUAAAUUUUACCUCAGAAAGUCAUAAAUGGCUUAUUAAAAAGGUACUUAAAAACAUAUGUGAUUGCAUUUGUUCUUCAUGUAUUGCAAAGAGGACAAAAGGAGAAACCAGACUAGGUGCUUUUAAUCUGAAAGGGUACGGAAAUAAAAACAAGGAAAGAAAAAGAACAAAGGCAAACAAGCCAGCUUCCAAGUGCUUACUAUAUUGUGUGAUUAGGGCCAGGUAACCGCUCUGUUUUGCGAACACUAAUCCACAGUAUGAAUAGCCAGCAUUGACCCAAAUAACUAGGCAGGCCAAUAUGUCAGCCCAACUGCAACCUGGAUACAGUAAGCAAAGUUGGAAGCACACUUCCUCCAUUUGGCACUAUCAACAAGGCAACCUGAGAGAGAAUCUCCAGGUUCUUUUGUGAAAGAGAAGGGAUUACCUUGUUUUAAUGACUGGAUCAUGUUUGAGACAUUAUAGUCCAGCAAGAUAAAGUGGCAUAUGUUAUCAGCAGACAUGGCAGAUUUGUCAAACAAAAGGCCUUGGGGAUUAUGUGGACAAGUUUCUGAUCCCUCAGCUUGUCUCACUUUAGAUUUGUGCUGCAGCUAUGCAAAAGCACCAGCAGGGGGCUAAAGAGCUCUAAAGUUGAUCAAACAUGCACACCUAUUCAGGGAAUAACUUAAAUGAUAUGUCACUAGCUGUGCAGGGUUGACAAUUGGGAGAAAAUUGUCUAUUAAAAAAGUAAUGCUUUGUGCACAUUACCACUGCAAGGUCAGGAAAAUGGAUUCCAGGCAUUGAGUAUUAAA